AUGGCAAAGUCGCUCUCUAACUUUACGGGGGCUUCUUCUGCCUUUGGUAAAAAAGAGCUCUUGCCCAAUGUUGUAGAUGCAAUUGCUGCGAAGGAACCAGAAGCUAUCUUCGCCGAAUAUCCUGUCCAUCCGACCAGCUACGAGUCUGGUUACCAAAAAUUCUCAUAUGGCACGUUCGCAAAUGCCGUCAACGGUAUAGCUUGGUGGCUCCAAGAAAAACUGGGCCUUACGAAAGACUUUCCUGCCUUGGCUUAUAUCGGUCCUAACGAUAUACUCGUCAACGCUUUCUUGCUGGGAGCUGUCAAGGCUGGGUACAAGACACUUCUCAUAUCACCAAGAAAUAGCAUUCGUGCACAAGAGAAUCUAUUUUCCUUUGCUGAAUGCAAAACUCUGGUUACAGUAAGCCCGCAACCUGCCCAGCUUCAGCCUAUGAUAAAUGCUCUUUCUUCAAUGGGCAUUCAAGUUCUGGAGUUACCUAACGUCUUGGAAUUGACCGAAAAACAUCACCCACAUUUCCCGUUUGAAAAGAAGUUUGAAGGCGCCAAAAAUGAACCAUUCGCUGUCCUACACACUUCUGGAACCACGGAGCUACCAAAGCCUAUCGUGUGGAGUCACGAUUACAUUGCUACGUCUAUCCAGCGGCUCGAAGCUCCUGCUGGCUAUGUCAAUCAAGCGGACCUGUACGCUGGUGUUCGCAUCUUCAACACAUUUCCAUAUUUUCAUGCAAGUCGCCCUAAAAUUAGCAGCAUCAACACUGUUUGCAACCGGAGUGUUGCCAUAUAUCCUAUAGCUGGCUUCCCUUCGGCUAGUCUUUUAAUCGACGGUCUGAAGCAUAACAAGGCCGACAUAGCUGUUCUCGUUCCCCCGUACGUUAUUGAUAUUGCCCAGAGUGCAGAAAGUCUCGAUUUCAUUUCUGCAAACCUGAAACGCAUUUUCUACAUGGGAGGCGCUAUCCCGCCAGCUGCUGGAGACAUUAUCUCCUCAAAAAUUGAGUUCGAUGGGCACGUUGGAGCUACCGAAACGGGAUUUUACCCUUCCUUGAAGCCAGCUGGAACACGUUCUAUCUACUGGGGUCAUCAUCAAUUCGAUCCCUCUGCAAAUAUAUCCUUCGAACGCCAAGCCGAUGACCUUUAUGAAGCAGUCUGGAAUAGAAAUGCUGAUCCAGAAAAAGAACAACCUGUCUUCAAAAUCUUUCCAACCCUCCAGAGAUGGGGAUCAAAGGACCUUUACUCACCCCACCCCACAAUCCCAGGUCUUUGGCUCUACCGUGGCCGCGGGGAUGACAUUAUAGUCUUCCUUACUGGCGAAAAGACAAAUCCUACUUCCAUGGAACAUAGUCUCAAUCAGCAACCUGAGAUCCGCCAAGCAAUGGUCAUUGGAACAUUGAGGUUUCAAGCCGCUCUCUUGAUCGAGCUUGCUGAUCAAAAGAUCAUGUCUGCGACAGAAAAAGCAGAAACUAUUGAACGUAUCUGGCCUGCUAUAGAAAAGGCCAAUGCGACAUGUCCCGCACAUGCCCGAGUUGCAAAAUCCCAUAUACUUUUCACAGAGCCAGGACGUCCAAUAUUGAUGUCUGCCAAAGGCACUAUUCAGCGUGCCCCAACGUUGAGAGAGUAUUCUUCUGAAAUAGAAAAAUUAUAUCUGGACGCCGACAGUAUGUCAGCGUACACUGUAGGGGAUAAUGACGAGAAUAAAGAACACUUCGACGUGCACAGCACCAACGCAGUUUGUGAUCUUUUACGUCAAGCUGUUCUCAAGGUGACAAAAUGGGAUGAUGCAAAGGUGCAAGAUGAAGAUAAUCUGUUUGUUCAAGGAAUGGACUCUUUGCAAGCCCUGCAACUCAUUCGACAUUUGAGGAAGGCUUUAAAUAAGCACGAUCUCGCAAUUACUAUUUUGUAUACUAAUCCUUCCAUUGUACAACUUUCUGAGUCCAUCGUCGCUAUGUCGGAGGAAGACUUGAGUACAAAAACAGAAAAUGCAUCAAACCGCAGCCAUAAGAUCCAAGAAAUUCUCCAAAAAUGCUAUGGAGUUAUUGACAGCAUCUCUACUGAGCAUAAGCCUACAGCAGACCCAUUACCAGCUACUGAACAUGUGGUGGUCUUGACAGGCUCAACUGGUUCUCUUGGUUCCUAUAUUCUUCAAACGUUGAUGCAAAAUGCAUCUGUGUCACAUGUGUACUGCUUAGAUCGCAUAUCAGAUUCACAUUCUCGCCAUCUGAAGAAGAACCAAAACGAAAACAAAGUAACGGACUUGCCAGCUUCUAGAGUUACAUUUCUCAUGACAGAUCUCUCUAAAUCCGGCCUGGGCCUGGACGACGAAACAUACAAACGCAUUCAAGGUUCGGUCACGGAUGUCAUCCACAGUGCCUGGCCAGUAAAUUUUAACCUCUCCCUCGAUACAUUUAAACCACAACUUGAAGGAAUAGUUAAUCUUCUGUCAUUUGUCUCUGCAGUACCACACCGUAUCUCCCUUCUAUUCAUAUCGUCCAUCAGUUCGAUCUUAGGUCUUGAUUCAACUAUAGUGCCAGAGAAGAUUAUUGACGAUACAUCGGCACCUCUUCCAAUGGGCUACGCAGAGAGCAAGUUUAUCUCCGAAAAUAUUCUUGAUUAUGCUUCCAAAAAGAUGUCAAAUGUCGAUGUCAAAGUUGCUCGUGUAGGUCAGAUAGCCGGACCUGCCUAUACAUCCGGUGUAUGGAAUAAAGCUGAAUGGAUGCCCAGUCUGGUAAUCACUUCAUUCCAUGUAGGCUUCAUACCAGAAAACCUCGGUAGCGAUAAGAUGAAGCUAGAUUGGGUGCCAGUUGAUAUCCUUUCCUCUUCAUUGAUAGAUAUCUCAUUUAACCACGAUUCCAAAACCUCAGAUUUCGGCGCCAAAGUAUUUCAUCCAUUAAACCAGACCCCGACGACUUGGAAUAUUUUACUUCCUAUCAUUCUGAAAACAUUGAAUGCUUCGAAUCCGGAUACAUAUGCCGCUAUCUCAGCAAUUCCAUACGCAGCUUGGCUUCAGAAACUCCGAGAUACAGCAAGAGAGUGUGCUCUCUUUAAAAAUAUGGAUCUUGUAGAAAUACUCGCAAAAUAUCCUGCUGUUAAGUUGCUAGAGUUUUUUGAGACUCUGCCGGAGACUAAGUGGUCUGAUAAAGAAGUAAGCGAGGCGCUCAAAGCUAGCUCACAUUUGGCGAAUCUUUCGGGUAUUGAAUGGGCUUGGAUGGAAAAAUGGGUCGAAGGAUGGAUUUAG